GUUGUUGUUGUUGUUGUUGAGAAUGAUAUAUGAUGAAAACAAACAAACAAACAAAAAAUGAGGUUGAUUGAUGAUAAUGGGAAAAUCAACAACAUGUAGAAGAGGUUUGUUUUUCGAAUCAAAAUUGCUCUGUUUUUCUCUGCUCUAUCUUUUAACAUCUCUCUUCUUAGCUCUCUACACUUCUCUCUCCAAUACCAAAUGUCUCUUUAGAUCUUCACCUUUUGAACCUCUUCACAUACCACUUUUUACCUACCCUUCUUCCUAUGGACAACACAAGUAUGCAAUCUCAACCCUUCGUUCCACUUGUUCAUCACCUGUGUUUUUUUCAGAUUAUUUACAUGUAUUGAAGGAGAUUCAAGAUUUGUCUACACAAGAUUAUUCACCUAUCUCAUCUUUGAAAUAUAUGCAAAGAAAGGCUGAGACUUUUGGUGGAAAAUUUAGUGCACAAGAGAGGUUUUCAUAUUUUGAUCAAAGCAAUGUCACAAAAAUUCCUUGUGGAUUCUUUAAGGAUUUUCCAAUUAGUGAUUAUGAUCGAAAUGAAAUGGAAAAUUGUAGAGGAGUUGUAGUGGUCUCAGCAAUUUUUAAUGACCAUGACAAAAUUAGACAACCAAAGGGACUUGGAUCAAAAACACUUGACAAUGUAUGUUUUUACAUGUUUAUUGAUGAUGUAACACACAAAGGACUAAAGUACCACAAAUUAGUUUCAGAAAACAACAAUAGAAUAGGAGCAUGGAGAAUUGUCAAAGUUUUGAGCAAAGAUUUGUAUGAGAAUCCAGCUAUGAAUGGAGUCAUAGCUAAGUAUUUAAUUCAUAGGCUUUUCCCAAAUGUGAAAUUUAGUAUUUGGGUUGAUGCCAAGUUGCAAUUGAUGGUUGAUCCUUUGCUUUUGAUUCAUGGACUUGUUGUGUCAAAGAAUGUAGAUAUGGCUAUUUCUAAACACCCCUUUUAUAUUCACACCAUGGAAGAAGCUAUGGCUACUUUAAGGUGGAAGAAAUGGUGGGAUGUUAUUGGUUUGAGGACACAAAUUGAAACAUAUUGUGAGUUUGGUUUGCAACCAUGGAGCCCUAAUAAGCUUCCCUACCCCUCAGAUGUACCGGAUAGUGCUCUUAUAAUAAGAAAGCAUGGAUUGAAGAGCAACCUAUUCUCUUGCCUAAUGUUCAAUGAGUUGGAAGGUUUUAACCCUAGAGACCAAUUGGCUUUUGCAUUUGUGAGAGACCAAAUGAGACCAAAAUUGGAAAUGAACAUGUUUGAAGUGGAAGUGUUUGAGCAAAUUGCAGUUGAAUAUAGGCAUAACAUCAUAAAGUACCAUACAAGCCAUCAUCAUGAUCAUGAUAAUAAUAGCACCAUUCUUGGAGGGUCUCAAUCUCAUCAUUCUCAUACCAAAAACUCAAAAAUAAUUAAUCAUUCUCUUGAUUUGAUCAACUAUGGAAGCAACAAGUGUCAAAAGUAUCUUUCCAAGAUGUGGGAUGAAUCUCGUUAAUCUCAUGAUCGAUUUUUUUUCUCAUAUAGAGUAUUACUUUUGUAUUUAUUGGUAGGGCGUUUCACUUUUAAUAUUUAGAAAAAUUAUAACUUAUUUUUUAAAAUAUCAGUGUACAUUGUACUUAUAAUAAGUAUUUCAUUAGAUUUUAAAAAAUUUUAAAGAAUUUAUAAUACUAGAAACAUAAUUCAAAA